AUGUUCAACUGGGCAAAGCAGCAGCUGGCCAACGUCGCCGGCACCCAAGAGCCCAUCUACGGCCCGACCGCCAUUAAAUCGGUCGCCCAGGAGGCAAAAGAGACCGGCACGCCGUAUUCCGAACUGACCAGAGCCGAUCACAAGUGGCUGGCGCUGGACAAGACUUGCGUCGAGAACCAGGUCUUUUACUUCUUCACCGAGGAUGGCACCAUCGCCUUUGUCCAGGUCAUCUAUAGCAACGUUGCCGGCCUUCGAGUGACCUGCCAAUUCAACGCAAAGAUCUUCUCCCGUGACCCGGCCAAGCCGCAUCUUUGGUGCUCAAACCCGCUCAAGAACGUCGCCUUCAACGAGGAAAGAACCUCUUUCUACGCCGAUGACUGCGCUGUCGAGCUGUCCGAGGAUGGCAACUCCUACACAAUCAAGAGCAUGAAUGACGAGAGGGCACUGGUCAACCUCAAGGUUACCCGAGCAGCGCCCGGUUUCCAGGCCGGAAAGACGGGCACGACGCUGUUCGGCACAGACCUCAAAGACCCCUGGGGACAGAUGCGCCACGCAUUCUGGCCCCGCUGCACCUCUGAGGGCACCAUCACCACCAAAGACGGCGACGUCAACUUGAAGGGCCAGGCCAUCUACAUCUACGCCCUGCAGGGCAUGAAGCCGCACCACGCCGCCGCGAGGUGGAAUUUUGCCAACUUCCUGGGCCCUAACCACUCUGCCAUCAUGAUGGAGUUUGUCACACCUCCCUCUUACGGCAACACGACUGUCAAUGUUGGCGCCAUCGUCAAGGAUGGAGAGAUAAUCGCCGUCAGUUCCGAGAACAACAAAGUCACGCAUAAGGCCUCUAAGAAAGACACUGCCAAUGACUGGCCCGAGCCUACCCAGGCCGAAUACGACUGGACAGCAUCUACCAAGGACGGCAAACCGGUCAAGGCCGUGAUUGAUGCCACCUUGGGAGACCGUGUCGACAGGAUUGACGUCAUGGCCGAAGUGCCCGGAUUCGUCAAGACCAUUGUCAAGGCGGCUGCCGGAACGAAGCCCUACAUCUACCAAUACGCUGCCAAGACCACCCUGAAACUCAAGGUUGGCGAUGAGGAGAUUUCGGAAGACGGCCAGCUCUUCUGCGAAGCCACUUUUAUUACUGAUCUCGCGAACUAA